GACGUCAUCUGUGUGCGACGUCGUCGUCGGAGAGGUCUAUAUGAGUUCUUACAGAGGCACCGACGAUGACAACAACUUUAAAAGAAGCUUUAAAAAAACACUUUGGCUUUGACAACUUUAGGUCUAAACUACAAGAAGAUGUUGUCAAAGCGGUCGUCAGAGGUCACAAGGAUGUGUUUGUUUGCAUGCCCACUGGGGCAGGAAAGUCCCUCUGCUACCAGCUGCCUGCAGUUCUGGCUGAGGGUAUUACUCUGGUUGUUUCCCCACUAAUUGCUCUCAUUCAGGACCAAGUGGACCGCCUGAAGGGCCUGAACAUCCCUGCCUGCUCCAUCAACUCCAAGCUCCCAGCAGCCGAGCGCCGUCUGAUCUUGGCCGACUUAGCGAGCAGCAGCCCUAAGCUAAAGCUGCUCUACAUCACUCCUGAAAUGUUGGCAUCUCCCUCGUUCCAGCCCUGCCUCACAGACCUGUGCUCCCGUGGUCUGUUGUCUUACCUGGCUGUGGAUGAGGCUCACUGUGUCUCCCAGUGGGGACAUGAUUUCAGGCCAGACUACCUCAAACUGGGUGGGCUGCGUGCUCGCAUGCCAGGGGUUCCCUGUUUGGCCCUGACAGCAACAGCACCCAAGAAUGUACAAGAGGAUAUUGUUAUGUCCCUGAAUCUGCGCUGGCCGCUGUCUUUUGUUACACCUGUCUUCCGCAGUAAUUUGCACUAUGAUGUGAUCUUCAGGGAGAUGCUGCCAAACCCCUACGUCCACUUGUAUGCUUUCAUUAAGAAGGCACUGGCACUGGACAGCGGGUCCAAUGGACAGCAGGGUUGUGGGAUUGUGUACUGUCGGACCAGGGAAGGCUGUGAAACUGUGGCUUACCAGCUUACCAAGCUUGGAGUCUUGGCCAAGGCAUAUCAUGCAGGUCUGAAGGCAGGAGAUCGCACAGAAGUUCAAAAUGAGUGGAUGGAGGGGAAGGUGCUGGUUAUUGUAGCCACCAUCAGCUUUGGUAUGGGAGUAGACAAGGCCAAUGUCAGGUUUGUAGCUCACUGGAACCUGGCUAAAUCUCUAGCCAGUUACUACCAAGAGUCUGGGCGAGCUGGGAGAGACGGCCUUCCCUCCUCCUGCCGCACGUACUACUCUCCACGAGAUACAGAGCAAAUAAACUUUCUCAUCCGCCAGGAGGUUGGCCGCAGACAGGAAAAACGUGGCUCUGCAAAAGAGACCGAUAAAGCAGCCAUUGCAGACUUUGAAGCCAUGGUAUCGUUUUGUGUGCAAGAAGCUUGUCGCCAUGCCACCAUCUCUAAGUUCUUCGGGGACCAGAUUCCAAACUGUGCGGGAGCCUGCGACUACUGUCGUAACCCCAAAGCUGUGCGAGCCCAGCUGGAGAAGGCAGCUGCACUCAGCACCAAGACUGAAGCUCAGAGCAAAGAGCCUAAAGGACCGUUUGGUUUCCAGCCGGACCUUUACGAAGGUGGAAAGAAGGGAUACGGCUUUGAAAGAUAUGAUGAAGGUGAUGAUAACAGUGAUGAUGAUAGCAAAAAGAGGAAGAAGGAGUUCUCUGACCUCUUCAAGAAGCAGAUGAGCCUGCGGAAGGCAAAUGAAGGUUUGAGAGAAGAUUUCGUGCCCCCAGAUGCUGACUGCCCACUCAGAGAGGGCAGCAGCCAGAGGAUCCCCAGGCUCACUGUGAAGGCAAGAGAGCACUGCCUGGGCCUUUUGCAGGAGGCAUUACAUGGCCACCAGGGGGCAGAAGACGCAUUCAACUGUGACAACCUGUCUUUAGCGGCAGAUAUUGAACAUGAGGUCUUCAAGAGCAGCAAGUCCUCCAACUUGUACAAAGCUGCCAUCCUGAAGAGGGUUUCAGAGAUGAAGAAAACAGCACCUGCUUUGAGUGGUGGAGAAAGAGAAGACAGCGACAAGAUUACCAGCAGCAGUGAAUCCCGAGAAACUGAGUCAAAACUGAAAGAAGAAGCAUCCUCUUCCUCUUCUUCUUCCUUUUCUGGGGAGCUGCAGGGGUUCACAUCUGCAUCUGAGAUCUACUCAAUGAAGCGCAAGAGGGUAGGGGCAGGCCAGAGGGGCUCAUCUAACCCCUUCCAGGCUGCUAAAGACCUGCUCAAGUCCUCCAUGAUGAGCAGUUUAUCUACCAAAGGGACAGACAGCGGUGGGUUUUACAGUGACAGCUUGGGAGGCCCUGGGGAGGCAAACACAGAUCCACCUUCGGCUGUAACGUCAUCCAUCAGAGCCAGAGCAAAUGCCGUUGCUACUUCCCUGAACAGCCCGACGAAGGCAGGCAGAGCCUUGAGCAAGAAGCAGCAGAAGCUGGCAGAUGCGGCAAAAAGUUCUCGCAACAUUUCCCAGUACUUUGCAAAGAAACAAACAACAGACAAGACUGAGACUGUGGUGCCUCACGAAAACAGUGGCCAGUGGGAACACUCACCCAUAAAUGUGGAGGCUGUGGAGAUCAUCCCCUUGGAGUCAGAGACUGAGGAUGUCCAAGAAGAAAGUAAGACAGACAUAAUAAUUAUACCUGAUGAAGAGGAGGAAACCCAUAAAACGGAGACCUUGGAGUCCAGUACAGAACAAAAACCCCAAUUGGAAGAAGAAGCUAAAGCGCCUGUAAUGGUGGUGUUGACAGAUGACAUGAAAGUGAACAGAGAGUCGAACAGAGAGUGUUCUCCUCCAGCAAAGCGCAGCCGCCCUGCAGGUGGCAGCAGAAGAGUAACCUUCAACCCCAAUGUGCAGGAGAGGGCCCUGCACCCUGUCAACAAGCUGCCCAAGCUUGUGACGCUGAAGGAAGCAGCUGAUAUUGUGGUCCGCUACCUGGACCCCUUUUACACUCAGGGGAAGUUUGCUACCAAGGAGCUGUUUAAGUCCUUUGCGCGCUACUUGUCUCACCUUCUCACUGAGGGAAGAAGUCGGGGGAAAGGCCAAGUUAAAGCAGAGGCCAAAGCUCUCAUCAAGAACUUCUUCAGAAGGGUUGAGCGCUGUGAGAGCGAGGCAGACUGGAAGCAUCUUAAAAUACCACACAGCUGUAAAACCAUAGAGAACAAGAAAUGAUGAGAAGGGAAAUGUAGUUGUUUUUAGGGUCAAACCCUUCCUCUUUGUCAGUGCCUAAGCUUCCCUUGUUCCACUGAUAUCAGGCUUCGCCACAGAUGCCUGCUGACCAGGUUUAUGGUUGAUUUGCUGCUAGGUCUGUGCUUUUUUCCAGGCUUGUUACUGCUACAGUAGCUUAUGAUUAAGCAGUAAUGUGGAAUAAGUCUGAGAGAGCAAAGGUUAUACUGUGCAUACCAAUAUGUUUGCUUUAUGUUUGAGCUCAUUUACUUGAAACUGUGGAUUAUGUACACUUUUCGUUGCUCAUGACCCCAAUCUUUAAGUUUAAUUCUCAUUCUACAAGAAGAACUGAUCUUCAUUUAUUUUGCUACGGUAUGAAUGUUUUGUGAUACUGUGCUGUUUGAUUUUCAGUGUCAGUCUGCACUUCAGCCUAAAACUGAAUAGGGGAAAAAAAAUCAGCAUCUAUGCUAGCACCUCUGUGAGGCCAUGAGCUAAAUGCUAAUGUUAGCACUCUAACACACUAACAUACACAUGGUGGCCGUGCUGAUGUGCUGACAUUUAGCCAGUGUGAUGUUUGCCAUUUUAGUUUAGCGUGUUGGCAUGCAAAUAUUUUGCUAAUUAGCACCUAAUAGAAAGUACAGAUGAGGCACAUAGGAAUGUCAUUAAUUUUGCAGGUUGCAAAGUACUGGACACAUUGAAAUUUUGAUCUGACUGCCAGAUGAAAAGUCAUCCUCUGGGCACCAUUUAAGUAUGUACCAAAUUUCAUGGCUGUCUGGCUGUUGAUAUAUUUCAAUGGGGACCAAAGCGGUGGUCUGAGUAACUAAUGGACUGACGUUUCCAUCUGUAGAGCCACACCAACAGCACAGCUAAAUGCACACUGGAAAUGGUUGACAAUAAUUUUAAGAAUACAUAAUUUGAGGUGAACUGUGAUUAAAGUAACACCAUAAAACAGUUUCUUAGUAUUUGACAUAAACCAGAUGGAUCUGUUUUGCUUGAGCCUAAUAGAUAUUUUUAGUGCUGCUACAUAUUUUGUCUUUGGCCGUUGGACCGCGGAACAGACAACAAAGUAAAAGGACAUAAAUGACACACUGUAUGAUGUAAAACCAUGCUGUUUAUGUUUUCUGUCAUUUAAAACAACAUUCAGUUCUGGCUUAGGUUAUAUCUCUUCUGCAGAGUGAAGCUGUUCUCUUCUUUAGCAACAUAGUUUCCGAUGUGGGAAAUGUUAUAGUGCCUGUGAGGCCACAGUUUUUGUUUUUCACAGUCAGGAGGUAACCCACUGAUGGACACAGACAGAUGCCUGGCUGUGCAUACAGUCAGAACAGCUAUAGCCUGUCUACUCUUUGUUCCUACAUGUUUACAAUAAAGUCUCUGCUGAACAGGAACAGACCAACAACAGUCUGA